CAGGAACAAUUAGCUGGCUAUUGGCGCCAUUCCACUCUUUCGUUCAUCCCUCAUCCUUUCUAUUCGAAACCUCGAACAGGAAGACACAAUGCGCCUCCUCACAGCCCUCCUCUCCCUCACGCUCCUGGGAGCUCCCGGGGCCCUGGCCGCUAAGAAGUCCGCCGAGGAGCGCUUCCAGCUCUACCACACCAAGGCCCUGUCCUCAUCUCCCGUCAAACUCGGCGACUCCGCAUACAGAGAGCUCACCAGCACGCCGCGCGACUACACGGUAGCGGUGCUGCUGACGGCCAUGGACCCGCGGUUCGGGUGCCAGCUGUGUCGGGAGUUCCAGCCCGAGUGGGAGCUGCUGGCGCGCAGCUGGACAAAUGGGGACAAGAAGGGCGAAUCGCGGACGGUGUUUGGCACGCUGGACUUCACUGAUGGGCGGGAUGUCUUCAUGAGCUUGGGACUACAAACAGCUCCUGUUCUGAUGUUGUUCCCGCCUACCGUCGGCCCUCACGCUACUGUCUCAUCCGAUCCGAUCCGAUAUGACUUCACGAGCGGAGCCCAAGCCGCCGAGCAGGUCCACGCCUGGGUUGCCCGGCAUCUUCCCGACCGCCCGCACCCGCCCAUCAAGCGGCCGAUCAACUGGAUGCGGUGGAUCUCGACAUUUGUCGUCCUGUCUGGCGGACUUACAGCAUCUUAUGUGGCCUGGCCCUAUGUCCUGCCCGUCAUCCAGAGCCGCACGGUCUGGGCUGCCGUCACUUUGAUCUCGAUUCUGCUUUUCACGAGUGGCCACAUGUUCAACCAUAUCAGGAAUGUCCCAUACGUCGCCGGUGACGGCCGCGGGGGCAUUAGCUAUUUUGCAAACGGGUUUCAGAACCAAUACGGUCUAGAGACGCAGAUCGUGGCUGCAAUGUAUGGUGUCCUUGCUCUUUCCGGCAUUUCCCUGGCCAUCAAAGUUCCACGGAUGAGCGACCCCAAAGCGCAGGGCGUGGUUCUCCUCGCGUGGGGCGGCAUCCUUUUUGUAGUAUACAGCCUCCUCCUCAGCAUUUUCCGUCAAAAGAACCCCGGCUACCCGUUUUCCCUGCCACCUUUCAUGUAGCCCGAAAGCUGGAAUGCGGCGAUGCUGGCCGAUUGCUCCAUUCAGUUUCCCAGAAGGUUAUCGAGGCGCGAGUCUGCGUUAUACAAGCGACCAUGACUCUAUGUACAAUUAAAGUUCUAUUAAGGGCGUAUCUAGGGAACGGCAAAAGUUAAGCUGGACGGAUUAAUCCUUGAACAUCCUCGCUGCUGAGGGUUAACCAAAUAAAGGAUCCCAUAGGUGAC